AUGACGUUUGACCACGAAUACUACGUAGAAUUUUGCUUUGAUGAUUAUGGAAGUAAUCGACUUCUAGAAGCCGCUAAUGACAUAAGAUCUAUCCCAUACAUUCGUGAAGGACAGCCCCCAGGAACAAGAUGGACGCACACUGCAGGUGCUGCACAGUGUGCCUGUGAGUAUAUGCUCAACCCCACACAUGAUUGUCUGAACGACUUUGCCCCUGAAUGCGUGAAUGUCAUAUUUGUCACUGAUGGACGGGCAAACGAUCCGAACCUUGAUGUCUGCACUGAAAUCCGCUGCCUCCACCGACGCAGGGGAGUCAAUACAUUUGCCAUUGGGAUUGGAAACCGGGAUGACCUACAGCUUGAAUGCAUGCGAGAGGAUGAUUUGGAGCUUGACGAGUACCAUCUCUUCAAUUUCGAAACAUUUGCAGAACUAGAGGAGCAGUUUAACGAGAUAACAAGGAGGUUUCUUGCAAAUGAUGGUUAUGUGUGUGCAGACGUAGCAACUAAUCCAGUCGGAUGAAGUCAAUGAACCAACCCUUAAAGAACAAUUUGCUGACUCUGUAACAUGAGAGCAAAUUAUUUAUUGCUGACUCUGUAGCUGAGAUCGUAGAAUUAGUGAUGUAGUUAUUUCUGGCUCUGUAUAGGAUGAUAACAGAGACAUAAUGAUUUACUUUCUAUUGCUGAAUAUAUAUUCUAUUGCUGAAAAUCGCGACACCAUUCUUCCAGCGCACCAUUGCUGCAGUGAACAUCAAUGAGAAUGUGCAGAUAUAAUAUGCAAUGCUCACUGCACGUGUCGGCGGUCACGCCACUUAUUAUGUGCAGUAGAAGUCUAUAAAUGUGCUAAACAAUAUGUACGCAGUUUUGUAGUCCCUGCUUGUCUUGUAGAUAAAUUUUC